GCGACAUUUUGUAUUUCAGUGUUUCCAAACCAGCGUGCCUCCAGCUGUUGCAAAACUACAGCUCCCAGCCUUUGGCUGUCCGGGCAUGCUGGGCAUUGUAGUUUUGCAACAGUUGGAGGCGUCCUGGUUGAAAAACACUGAUGUAUGUUAAAGGAAUGCUCAAUUUUCCUGUCAGAAAACAAACACUAUGAAUGGCCGCCAUUUUGGGGACUUUACUAUAAACUUUAUUAUACAUUUAUGUGCUCGUUUAAUAAAACUUUAUUGUCCAGCAGCAGCACUGACAAGAUGAGGUGAGAAGAGGCUCAUGGCCGCCGGGCUCUCCAUGACAGGACGUUGGCAGGGAGACGGCUCGGGAAGCUCUCAGGAAGCCGCCAUCUUUUGCACGUAGCCGCACCCUCUCCACGUCUGGAACACAAACACAAGCAGCGGGCGCCUCCACAUAGCCGAUACCGCGUUUACCUGACGCCUGACACAUAUAACGCUCAGUAUGAGCUGUACCAAUAGAUAUUGCCGUUUCACUGCAUUUUGCACUACUAGCUCGUGUCAUUACGACCCGCAAAAUGUUUUAUUCUCGUAUGAUAUUAUGUGACGUUCAGGUCUGCAGCAGGCGCCAUCUUGUUGACCACUCCCCCUUCUAGAUGAGGGAGGAAGAGGCAGACGCGAUAAUGGCGGCGGCUUCUUCCUGUGCGCCCGGAUGUUGGGUCAAAUACAAAAGAACGACUAUAAGAAAAAAGACACCAACAGAGGCUUGUUUUGCUAUUAAAUCGCACGACGCUGUUCACGCGUUGCACGAAGUCGCCGGCCGCCGUGUCAGGACGAGAUUGGCGCGACGUCCUUUAUCCCAGUAACUGUCAUGGCGCCUUCUUUUUCAGGCGCGGCCGCCAUCUUAGACGCGGGUCCUAGCAACGGUUGUCAUGGCUUACUGGCACGAGAAAACUGGAUGGAAACUGCAUUCAAGCCUACUAAACUGAAAGCCUGUAACAGCAGGGAGCUGAGCAAAGUGCAAGGGAAUCUGUGAAAAGCUCCGGCCCCUCCACUCUGCAGCACUAGAACGCCUCUGUGCACAGCCACAUUCAGGAAGUUCAGAAUCUGCUAGAAACCAACCGGGGGUGGAGGUUAGGACAUUAGAGGCGUCCUGGCCUGACUGCUGCUUCUAGCACGCUUCUCUUACUGGUCACAAUCCUCAGCAGCCAUACUCCACUUUUUGAAAAUGAAAAUAUCAAAAAUUACAGCACAGGACCAGUCAUUGUGGCAUGUACUGGGAGCUGUCGCACUGUGCCUGGUGACUGUAAGCACCGGAGUAUUCGACACAGUUAGUACAGAACUAGGUUCCAGUCACUAUGCUGAAAAACCUAUUCCGGGACUUCCUGGUUACCUCUCCAUGCCUUGUAAUUCCCUCAUUAAUCUUGGAUACAUUAUUUUGGGUACAUAUUGGCUAGCCCAGGAUGAAAAGGCUAUUGGAGUUGGAAAACAGAAUGGACGCUAUCUGAAGAAUGUCUUUUCCUGGAUGGCAAUUGUAUAUGGCCCCGUCCAGUGGGCCAGGAUAUGGACCCAGACACAACGGGCUGCAGUUCUAGACCAAUGGUUUACGUUGCCUAUUUUUGCUUGGGCGAUUAUCUGGGCCAACUCUAUACUCAACAACUGGGACAGUCAACACUUCAUGGCAGUAGAGUUCCUCUCGUUGAGCAGUUAUUUCCUGAGUAACAUCCAUCCACAAGGAUUUGAACUAGCCCUGGCCAUACAUAUCAUAUGGGCAUUCACAUCGGGACUGAGACUACAGAGAAAAUAUGGAGAUUCCACCACAAGGGUGCACCUUGUUCUUGCUUUGAUAUCAUGUCUUGGAUUUGUUAAUCUGAAACUUCUUGAUCACUGGCUAGCUCAGUAUUUUGUAUUUCAAAGACUCACUGGACACUUCUGGUCAAAAAUAUGUGACAUCUUGCAAUUCCAUUAUGCUUUCUGUUUCUUAGCACACCUAGAACACUGCAGAUCAACCAAGGUGAAGAAAUAGGAAUAAAGCCAUCCACACAGCCCUACGAGUGCAUGGAAGCCAAUAGCAUAUGGCUGUCAAUGAAGCUAAACACUGGCUGACCAGAAAAACUAGUCCAGGAUGAGUCUUUUUUAAAUGUUUUUUUGAUUGUAAUAAUCUUUAAUUAAAACCAGUUUUUGUGCACAUUACCUUAGCAAGGCCUUAUACAAAGACCGUUUUAUACAGUUCAGGUCCAUCACACAAAAAAAAAAAAGAAAAAAAGUCUCAGUUGUCAAAACAAUGGCUACUGUAGCAUAGCUGAAAGGUACCGCCAGGUUACAAGUCACAGAAAGAUGAAAUAUAAAAGGUAAACACUGUACCUAUACCCACAAAAUAGCAUAGAAUUAAAAGUUCACCUUUAAUAAAUAUAGAUACUAAAAGGGUAAAAAGACACUAUAUCAAAAAGGUAGCCUUCAAAUACAAAACAAUUGUGUGAA